GGGCUUGCUCUGCCUUCACCUUAUGAAAUGAACUCCGCUUCUGGUUUUUUCAAUUUUAUUUAACUUUGUUAUUGUUUUUUAAAAAUCUAUUUAUUUUAUUUAUUUAUUUUUGGCUAUGUUGAGUCUUCGUUGCUGUGCGCGGGCUUUCUCUCUAGUUGCGACGAGCGGGAGCUACUCUUCAUUGUGGUGCGCGGGCUUCUCAUUGUGGUGGCUUCUCUUGUUGCAGAGCACGGGCUCCAGGCAUGCGGGCUUCAGUAGUUGUGGCACGUGGGCUCAGUACUUGUGGCUUGCAGGCUUUAGAGCGCAGGCUCAGUAGUUGUGGUGCACGGGCUUAGUUGCUUUGCGGCAUGUGGGAUCUUUCCGAACCAGGGCUGGAACCCAUGUCCCCUGCAUUGGCAGGUGGAUUCUUAACCACUGCGCCACCAGGGAAGCCCUGUUAUUGUUUUUUAACUUUUCUCAUGUUGGUUUCAAGGGCAGAGACUGUCUCAUCUCUGUAUUUCCUAUGGUGACUAGCACAGUGCUGUAGUAGGUACUCAAUAGACAAUAAUUGUUUUUACCAGGAUAGGGCUUUAUGGGUAACCAAGGCUCUUUUGUAUAGUUUUUUUUUUUCUUUCAAAUCUGCACCACAGUCCUCUGAAGUAGACAGAGCAGGUAGUAUUUUUUUAGCGCAAUUAAGAAACUAAGGCCUACACUUCAGCCAUAGGUCCAUUAAUUAAUUAUUUAAUUCUACAGAGUAGAUAUUUACUAAGCGUAACUCUGUCCCAUGGGCUAGGAAAAUAGAGCUGAAAGACAUCAUCCCUUCCCUCAAGGAUGAGGCAGACGUUUGAACAAAUAAUUGUAUGAAGUUUCAGCACAGAGGAACGAUGAACGUGUUUAUUGGGGGAAGAUCAGCAAAAAACUGAGAGAGAAAGACAUGCUUGCAUUGGUUCUUAAAGGGUGACUUCACAACACAGAAAGGGUGGGCGGAAGGGCAUCCCAGGUAGAGGAAAUACCAUGUACACAGCCUAUGGGAAUGAAAAGACCAGCACCUUGGGAGAUACUGCAGCAUCAGCAAGGCUGGCAGGAGGUGUAUAGCAGCGGGGUGGUGAUAGAAGGGAAGAUGGUGGUCACUCCCACUGGUAAGACCCCAAGACCCCCAGGACUUGCAGGAGACUGGAAGCUUCCUCCCUUUGUUCAGUCUCCCAGUUUCUAGCCCUUCUUCCCAGAGGUACUCACAGCAUGUACAUAAACUACCUUUCAGCUUUGGAUGGGCUCCCCUUCGCUCUGCUUCUUUGCACCCCCAGCUUGUCUGCACAGAGAUUUGCAAUCUCCUUUUGUUGCUAAAAGAAAACAUCUUAUCACAUGAGAGACCUGUGACCUGACUGCUUGGAAGAAUAAAGUUUACCAGCUGUGUAAAUGAGUAUGGAAGAUUAUGAUUUCCUGUUUAAAAUUGUUUUAAUCGGCAAUGCUGGUGUGGGGAAGACGUGCCUAGUCCGACGGUUCACUCAGGGUCUUUUCCCCCCAGGACAAGGAGCCACAAUUGGAGUUGAUUUUAUGAUUAAGACAGUGGAGAUUAAUGGUGAAAAAGUAAAGCUUCAGAUCUGGGACACAGCAGGUCAAGAGAGAUUUCGGUCCAUCACCCAGAGUUAUUACCGAAGCGCCAAUGCCUUGAUCCUCACCUAUGACAUAACCUGUGAGGAAUCCUUCCGUUGCCUUCCUGAGUGGCUGCGGGAGAUAGAACAAUAUGCUAGCAACAAGGUCAUCACUGUGCUAGUGGGCAACAAGAUUGAUCUGGCUGAAAGGAGAGAGGUCUCCCAGCAGAGAGCUGAAGAAUUCUCAGAAGCUCAGGACAUGUACUAUCUGGAGACCUCAGCCAAGGAAUCCGAUAACGUGGAGAAACUCUUCCUUGACUUGGCCUGCCGCCUCAUCAGUGAAGCCAGGCAGAACACACUUGUGAACAAUGUAUCCUCACCCUUACCUGGAGAAGGGAAAAGUAUCAGCUAUUUGACUUGUUGUAAUUUCAACUAAAGGCUGAGGCAAGGAGAAGCAAGAGGAAUCAGCAGUUGCCCUGAUGGGCCACCAAUUGCUGGGGAGAUCUGGCGAUGACUAUGGGUCCCGCUCUAGGACCUUCUGACUCCUGUGGGCUCCUGAGCUUACAAAGCAUGGCAGGCCAAGGGCCUCGUCCACAGGCCAGCAUUAGCAGAACAUAUAAUGGUUUCACCCUUUUGCAGUCUGGAGUCGGGUCAAGGAGAAAAUUGCACUAGGCGCUCCAUGAUCUGCAGAGCAUGUUGCUUUUGUUUUUUUUAAAAAAGCAAGUAAAACGCAUUCCUGAACACAGUCCAGGGGGGAGACGUACUGUAGGGGAUCCCUCCUGCACGUCAGUGGGUGCAUGUGGGGGCUGCUCUUUAGGGCUUCUGGGGGCCCUGGUUUUCUUGUCUACCAGGUAAACCAAAACUGGGAACGCCAAGUCCUGUCUCUGGUGCGUGCUGAUGGCUCCAUGGAGAUUUUGAGAAGUGUUAUUUCUCUUUUCCAUGGGCACUUUCAAGAACUUUGGGAUGUAAAAAUGAAAUGAAACCUUUACCCGUGACAACAGUAGCAAUCAUUGUUUUAUUAAUGUACACAAGCUCCAUGACUCCUUUUGGUGCUAAUGAUUCCACUCUUUCACAGACCAAACGUUUUAGUACAUUGAUGUCCUUAAAUACAUUUCAUAGAAAUAAAAACAAAACAAAACAAAACAAAAAAAAAAAAAGAAAAAAGGGAAGUCCAUUAAUCAGCUGUCUUUCUCAAAGUCUCAUUACCACCUUUUCUAGGGUAGAUUUGUUGGGAAGGAGAAUACUUUUCCUUUCCUGUUCCCUUCUAAAUCUCUACCACUUUCUUCUUCCAUUCUCCCAUCUUUCCUGACCUUUAAGUAAAUGAAAAAGUUUGAAAAAUGGAAAAAAAAAAAAAGAGAGAAUGGUGGAUACCCUAAUAUAAAAGAUUAGCUCUAAGACAUUAUGAGUAGUAUGAGAAAACAGACCCGAUCUGACCAAAAUACUGUGGAUUAAUGGACUGCCGUGCAGAGUUCCAAGCAGAGCACAGUCCUUGAUAGCAGGUCACAUCUUUUACUUCCUGGUACUAUCCAUCUUGGACAGACCAAGGCUUAGGAUUUUGUAGAUGUUUUUAGUACGGUAAGUGAGAAUAGCAACAGAUGAAAAGUCUCACGAUUUUUGUAUCUGCAAUGAUAACCUUAGAAAAAUUCUGCUCGUAGAAGCAGAUUGAGUAGUCAUUUGUCAUCUCCUUGUAGUAAUGUUACUCUCAGACUCAUGACCAUUCAUUCUUUCCUGUUUCUUUUUCUUUUCCUCUCUUUCUUUCCUGGUCUUCCCUUUUUACCUCUCCUCCUUAUCCCCCUCCUUCCCUCCCUCCCUUAUAUGCAUGUGUUACUGCAAAUCUCCAAUUCAAAUGGAGGUAUAUAUGCCUUUACUUAGCCAAUUUAAAAACAGAACUCAAAAUGGAAGCCAUGCUGCUGAAUAUGUGUUACUGUUUCUUCAGUGCCAUACUUUGAUACCUUCCAAUUUGUUCACCGAUAUAAAUGCAAAUUGGGAAAAUAAUUAAACCUAUUUGCUGUUGA